UUGGCGGGAUUUAAAUGCGAAUUUUAUUUAAAUAAAACAAAACUCUGAACUCGGGGUGACUCACUCGUCAGUCUAGCAGCAAUGGACAGCCAACCGGAGGAGUCCGUACGGACGAAGAUGGAGUCGCUACGGAUGGCCUGCGAGAAGGAGAUUCCGAUUCUGCAGCAGAACAUGGAUACCUUCACGGCCUCGUUUCAGGGCGACCUGGCUUCGAUCCGCGCCACAGUGCAAGAAACCCUCCGAUACCAAGGUAAAGUACGAGAGGCUAAAGCUAAGUUGAGGGAAGCUGAGGAUGAAUUGUUUAAAGCCCUAGCAGUGAAGACACGUAAAGAGGCUAAGCGGAUGGCAUUGAUGGACGCCAUUGCUGCUAGGAAAGCUAGGAUUGAAGAAAUUAAAAGAACAGUGCAAGGUCGAAGGGAUACGAGGGAUGAAUAUGCAGCAAUUCUUUCUCAGCAAUCUACCGAAUCUGAAGAAGAGUUUAACCAAGACAGUAAAGAUGAAAUACAAGAGGCCAUCUCGUGGUAUAAUAGGAUUCUUGGUUUUCAUAUUGAAGGCGGACAUGGGGUAAAAUUCACAUUCAAGAACAUUUGUUCAAAAAAUCCAAAUCAGGAGUUCUCUUUCACUGUCCGCCAUGCAAAUGAUACUUACACAUUGUUAGAUUGUGAUCCGCACUUGAAUGAGAUCAAAGAGUUGAUUCGUGAAUUGAACAGAACCAAUGGAUUAUUUAAAUUUGUCAGAGAUAUGAGACUGAAGUUUCAAGAAGCUACAGCUCAAGGAUUAGCCGCUGUUCUUCCUCAAGACUCUUCCUCAAUUUCUGGGUCUGCUCCAGCUUUUUCAGUGUCAACUGAGAGAAGUGAAUCUGUGGCCAAGAUUGGUGAGCACCAAAUUCAAUAUGGAGAAGGUAAUAGCCAAUUCAAGAAACCUAACCAUGGAAAGGGGAGUAAAUAUGCACUCCUAUCUCCUAGGUCUGCAUCGUCUGUGCGUCGGUCUCCUCGUUUUAAGGUCAAGAAAUGAAGAUAGAAAGAGGCUGUCGGUCAUCUUUAGUUUGAGCAAAUGUGCAUCACAUGCUCUAAACUCCUCAGAGUAAUCAUAAUUCACAACUAAGGAUGCUUGACGGCAUUCAUGUUUGACAUGGGAGUCAGGAAACUUGAUUUCUCCGUAUUUAGAUAACUUAACAGAAAGAAACAACUUCAUCGAUGAAGUGUUGCAGCCCAACGUGACAGCAGCACCUUGUUGCUGGAUUUGGUUUACUCAUGUACUCUUCAUUGAACUGAGCCACUGAUGCGUGAUUGAAUGUAAGGCUUUUGUAAUCCCAAAAUACUAUGCUAGUGUAUGCGUGCAUUUCAAUUGUAUUUAAUCAUAUCUUAUAUUUUGAUUUGUCAUCAUUUCAUGUAUUGUGUGUUAUUACUUCUCUGCAGUACAGCACAUGGGUUAUAUCUUUGUUUCUCUUCACAAUUUGUUUGGUUGUAGUAGUUUCACCUUCUCAUGAGACUCAGGUCUUCUU